GGGGACAGAAGAGAAUAAAAAAGGAAAGAGGGAGAGAGAAUACAAUUUAAAAUAAAAAGUAGUGAGAGAAAUAAUUAGAUAGAGAGAGAAUCGAAGGCUUAGACUUCUACGCUCGUAAUGGCGGUUAGGGUUUUCUAUUGAUCUUUAUGAACCUGAAAAUCUCCCGCCUUGGUUGAUUUGCUUUAUCUGUCUCUCUCUCUUUUGGCUUUAAAACCCUAAUUUUUGUACUUUAAGUUAAUUGCUUGGAUUGCGAUUUUUGUUCAAAUUGUUUGGGUUCGCGAAUUCGAAUCGGGGAGACAGAGGAGCUAAAUACGAUGGGUGCGCAAGAGAAGUCUCAAGCGAACGCCAAUUCUAUGCAGCGGGUGAAGGUCUAUCGUCUGAAUGAUGAUGGUAAAUGGGAUGACCAAGGUACUGGGCAUGUAACCGUUGACUAUUUGGAGAGAUCAGAGGAGUUGGGUUUGUAUGUUUUUGAUGAAGAAGAUAAUGAGACAAUUCUUUUGCACCGCAUCAGCCCAGAAGAAAUUUACAGGAAGCAAGAAGACACGAUUAUCUCAUGGAGAGACCCAGAGUUCUCUACAGAAUUGGCACUUAGCUUCCAAGAAACUACAGGGUGCUCGUACAUAUGGGACAACAUUUGUAGUGUGCAGAGGAACCUUAAUUUCAGUUCUCUUAACAGUGAGACAUUUCAUAGCAUGAACAGUGAAUUGAGGGAAUUGCCCGCUGUUGAGCUUUCCACACUUCCGUUAAUACUUAAGACUGUGACAGAGAGUGGCAUUGCAGAUCAAAUGCGGCUGACAGAACUUAUACUGAGUGAUCUAGAUUUCUUCCGGAAGCUGAUGGAUCUUUUUCAAAUCUGUGAAGACUUGGAAAAUAUUGAUGGCCUUCAUAUGAUAUUCAAAAUAGUCAAAGGGAUUAUUAUGCUCAAUAGUUGUCAGAUCUUUGAGAAAAUUUUUGGGGAUGAGUUGAUCAUGGAUAUUAUUGGUUCCCUUGAGUAUGAUCCUGAGGUUCCUUGUGUCCAACAUCAUCGAAAUUUUUUAAAAGAGCAUGUUGUUUUUAAGGAGGCGAUUCCAAUAAAAGAUCCUGUUGUCCUUUCAAAGAUACACCAAACUUAUAGAGUUGGUUAUUUAAAGGAUGUUGUUUUGGCUAGAGUGUUGGAUGAAGCAACCAUUGCAAAUCUCAAUUCAAUAAUUUAUGGGAAUAAUGCUAUUGUUGUCUCCUUGUUAAAGGAUGACAGCACCUUCAUUCAGGAACUAUUUGCUAGACUCAGGUCACCUGCCACCUCUGAAGAAUCCAAGAAAAAUUUGGUAUAUUUCUUGCUUGAGUUCUGUAGUUUAAGCAAGAGCCUGCAAAUGGUGCAGCAGCUCCGGCUAUUUAGGGAUCUCAUGAAUGAAGGUAUAUUUGACAUCAUCGCUGAUGCUUUGCAAAGUCAUGACAAAAAGCUUGUAUUAACUGGGACAGAUAUCCUCAUUUUGUUCUUGAAUCAGGAUCCGAGCCUUCUGCGUUCUUAUGUUGUUCAGCCGGAAAGAGUUCCACUUUUAGGACUCUUGGUUAAAGGAAUGCUAACAGAUUUUGGGGAUGACAUGCACUGCCAAUUUCUAGAAAUUCUUCGUAGUUUACUGGAUUCAUACACAUUGUCGGGAGCUCAGAGGGACACCAUUAUUGAUAUCUUUUAUGAGAAGCAUUUGGGUCAAUUAAUUGAUGUUAUAACAGCAUCUUGUCCACCCAAUGGUACUGCUCAAUCUGUUGGUGGCGAAUCUGCAGGCAGUGGAGUAAGAGUUGAGAGCACAAAGCCUGAAAUAUUGUCAAACAUAUGUGAACUGCUAUGCUUUUGCGUUCUGCACCAUCCCUAUAGAAUAAAGUGUAAUUUUCUUCUUAAUAAUGUUAUAGAUAAAGUUUUGUUGCUAACACAAAGAAGGGAAAAAUACCUAGUAGUUGCCGCUGUACGAUUUGUUCGUACAAUUCUUUCCCGCCAUGAUGAACAUCUGAUAAAUCAUAUUGUUAAGAACAAUGUUCUUAAACCAAUUGUAGAUGUCUUUGUUGCUAAUGGCAAUUGUUAUAAUCUGCUGAACUCAGCAGUUUUGGAGCUCUUUGAGUACAUCCGCAAGGAAAAUCUGAAGUCAUUGCUUAAUUACAUUGUUGAUUCGUUCUGGAACCAGUUGGUUAAUUUUGAGUAUUUGGCGUCUAUUCACUCUUUCAAAGUUAAAUAUGAGCAGUGCUUGGAAAACAGUGGAGCCAAAGGUAAUGUUAAUUCACUGGAGUCAAGAAAACGAAUUGAUGAGCGGGCCCUGGAGAAAGAAGAGGAAGAUUAUUUUAAUGAGGACAGUGAUGAAGACGAUACAGCUUCUGCCUCUCAUACCCAGAGAACUCAGGCUCAACCUGUUUUAUCCAAUGGAGUGGCUGCAAACCACUCAUCAUUAAGUCCAAGAUCUGGUGGACUUGUUGACUACGAUGAUGAUGAAGAUGAUGAAGACUAUAGACCACCACCUAGGAAACAAUCAGAAGCUUUGGAGGAAGACGAUGGAGUAAUGGCGUCUCUCAGAUUGAAGCGUAAACUGUCUGUUCCGAAGGAAAAGGAUCCUGAGCUAGUGAAAAAGCAGCGGUUGGGUAAAGCCUCCAAGUCAAGAGAUAGUGGUGUAUUUGCUGCUUUGUGUUCAACACUAAGCCAGGCAGUGCUACCUGGCAAGAAAAAUGCAAGCAGCACACAAUUAAGUCCUCGCUCGACUCAAGGGAACAAGGACAUAGGUGAACAGGAGUUGACCAAUUCUCUGAAUAGUGAUAACAGUAGAAUUUCAGAUGAGGAAAAUCAUAGAGAAAAGGAACCUACUGCUUCUAGGAGCUGUUCGGAUUGCCUGUAUGCCAGUUCAGAUAACGGACAGUUAAGCAGUGAUGACUGCCCGUUGAUACCACCAAAAUCCUCUCCAGAAAUGGCCGUAAAUGGAUCUUAAGUUAUUUUUCAGAACCAAUUUCAUCAGGGUGACUUUUCAUAUCCGUUUUUAUCAAACCAGUGGGUGUCAGUCAGCAAUUGAGACCUGGGCAACCAAAGAUAUGAGGUGCUUCAGAAGAAAGUGGGUCCGAAAGUAGAAGAGUAUACGUGUAUAGUGCCACCACCAAGGGGCCGAAGGAAAUUCACUGCUCAUGAUAUAUACAUAUUGUAGGCCAGGUUGUCGCAAUUUCGCGAUAUCUUUCUCUGAUGCCUUGAGCCAAGUAAUUGUUGCUUCUGAUUUUCUUGUCUUCUUUAUUAGCUAUGGGAACCAUAUGAUAGAAAGGCGCAAUCAAUAUGUAUGCCCUGCAUAGUGUUUCUUUGAUGUCAGUUUUGGGGUGGGUGUGUUUGAUACUAGAGAAGAGGAAGGUUUAGCGUUGAAUACCAAAUUUUCACUUGUAGAAGAAACCUUAUUUACGGACAGAACAGACCCAUUUGUAUAUUGAAACUCGCUAUUGCGCAUCUGGGGACUUUCCAAGGCUUAUGUCUUUUUCUAUUGCAUAAUCAAAGUUUAAAAAAAUUGUUCA